ACUCAGGGAAGAAGACUUCCACCAUAAGUAGUGAUCAAAAGGGGGAGUCACAAUUUCCCCAAACGCACAGGAGAUCUCUUUUCAGAGAUCAAAAGGGGGAAUUGUGGAGAGCGAUAUCUGCAGGGGAACAAGGACAUAUAGGGAGGCUCUGUGCAACUAAAGUUAAUCUAUAGACGCAGGCUGUGGUGACAGUCGCUAGGCAAAUGAUAUACAGUAGGGUUGACACAAUAACUAGGAACAGCAAGAACAACAUGUUGCACCAGGUAAGCCGAAAUUGCCAGAAAGUGGAAAAGUACGGACAGAGGCGGGGGCUGCUUGUAGAAGGGGUAUAAGACAAACGGUGAACAACAAGGAAGUCGAACUCUGUGGGGGGUACGGUGCGUUGCAGAGUUCCCAGGUCAAUCUGCUGGAAUAAAGGUUAUUUGACAACUCAUCUACGCUUCCAGGUGAUCUCUUCUCAUCUCCGGACCCAGUGGAGACGGCGUACUCCGACAGGAGUCGUAGCGGAAACCUGCACACACAGCGGCCCUUUCUGGGUAAGAUUGGCCACCCCUGCUUUAGAGACUCUGAACGUACAGGCCAGCAGGAUACAAGAUUAUAUUCUACAAAAGGUUGCCAUAUUUUUGAGGGCCACUAGGUGCCGCUGGAUUGGCACCGGAAAAAAAAACUCCCACUGGUCCAUUUGGAUUGGUGUGAUGCUGCGGUGUCAGGUCAUUAUCAGAUUCACAGAUCAGUACAUCCGCCAGCUUUACCCCAAUGUCAGGAUGAGGAGGUGGGCUUGGAGAGUGGACCCAGGGCCUGAGAAGCUGGCCAAGUUCUCACUGCUGACCUGCGCUCAGGUUCUCAUCCCUAAGGUGGUUUGUCAUGCGGCAGGUAAUCAGAGAGUGCUCCAUACCUACAGUAGGUACCACGCUGGGUCACAUAAAAACUGAAAAACACGUUUAGCCUGAAUAAUUAACCUGAACUGACCGGUGCAGCAGCGUUACGGUAUAAGUAGUGUACAUGAGUGGUGGUUAAAAAAUGCAGACACAGACAGACUGAUUAUGACAGAUAAUGGUGUCCACGUUAAAAUAUCAUCCUUCAUGCAAAGAGGGCAACAUCUGCAUAAGCAAAGGAUGGUUCCAGUAUUAAGUUAAAAAGCUGUUUUAUAGAUUCAUUAUAGUGGGACCUUACCUGUACCUUUGGGUUUAAAGUAUAGCUUUGGUUAAAUCGGGCAGUUUUAAGUUAGCUGAAGAAAUCAAGGUGCAGUUAAAUGCCUUCGGUUUUAUAUCACUUUAAAGUAAACAGAAGCCAAAGUAGCGCCAAUGUUGUUUUUCUCAUGAAAAAAAUUAUAUCUGAACUUGAAUGGCUGCUUAUCUUCUCUAUUUUAAUGUCUUGAUUACAGCAAUACACUCAAGAUUGAAAGGCGUGUGGACUUAUCUAAUAAACAAACGAAAGCUGUGUUUGUACGCAAUGAAGGGAGGCAAAAUAGGCGAAAGCGGCGGGCUGACCUUCUGGCUGGCAUCCCCGGGAGAUUACGAUGACGUCAUGGCCAUCUCAGACGGCAUAUACGAAGGCAACGAUUACCUGCCUCACCGCUACCACAGCUGGAUGACGGAGCCACACAGGCUGGUGAUUCUAGCCAAGAGAGAUGGAAAGCUGGUAAGAGGACUCUGUAGUGGGCAAGGUGUCAGCCAACAUUAAGAUGCAAGAACAAGUGAGAUGGAGGAUUGUCUGGAGAGAAUCUGUGUUAUCGGUGGAGUUUGUAGAGCACCAGGUUUGAUACUGGGGAGUAGCAGCUCAUUACGACAUUAUACUGGAAAUUUUACAGUGAGCAUGUUCUUGCACAUGAUUAUGAAGAUAAUGGUGGUGACGUUCUCUCAGGUGGCACUGGAGUCCAGGCUGAUUGUUGAGGGGGGCAGUACGGUGGUCCUAGAGGGGCUGCGCGUCUGUCCCAGCGAACGGGGCCGGGGCUUGGCUGGGGUCAUUUUCAGAUUCGCAGAUCAGUACAUCCGCCAGCUUUACCCCAAUGUCAGGAUGAAGAGGUGGGCUUGGGGAGAGGACCCGGGACCUGAGAAGCUGGCCAAGGUCUCACUGCUGACAAAGCGGGCCAUCCUCUCACUUCAGAUUAAGACGGAGGCUUUUGAUGCCUUUCUCUCCACCUUACGGGCUAAACUGAAACAUGAAAAGGGACAGGAAGCCUGAAGCAGGAGUCCAGACUUGUGGUCUUGGAAGAGGAGCAGCUGAGCAGCUGUGUCAGCGGCACAGAUCCUUGGGGAAUCGUGAGAGUGCAAUUUGUCGACCCGGUUCGCACCACUCCCAACACCGACCCCACCACUGCAUUACUGGGGGCCGCACUCCCCUGGGACAGGUCCCAGAAUGACCCUCGCGUUGAGUACACGCGAUUAAACCCUUGGGACGUCAUUGAAUUGGCCACGGGGUAUAAGGAUCGCAACCUCUACCUGGAUUGGAUAGCCCAGACGGCUAGGGACCAGCAAAUGGCGGGCUGUGUGGCCUGCGCAUCCGGUAGGCCACAGCUAUACACUGAGCACGCCCCCUUUUAAUGAGUUCGCUCUUGCUAUCGCUGGCUACGUUUGCUGCCAUAUUGGUCACGUGUGGGUGCUGCUGCAUCCCCUGCCUGCGAGCCCUGUCCGUACGACUGAUCACAUCCACCAUAGAGAAACGUGAUCCAAGUCUACUACACAUGAUGCCCCUCCUCGCCCUUCCGGACAGGGGGGGGCUCAGGGAAGAAGACUUCCACCAUAAGUAGUGAUCAAAAGGGGGAGUCACAAUUUCCCCAAACGCACAUGUGAUCUCUUUUCAGAGAUCAAAAGGGGGAAUUGUGGAGAGCGAUAUCUGCAGGGGACCAAGGACAUAUAGGGAGGCUCUGUGCGACCAAAGUUAAUCUAUUGACGCAGGCUGUGGUGACAGUAACUAGGCAAAUGAUAUACAGUAGGGUUGACACAAUAACUAGGAACAGCAAAAACAACAUGUUACACCAGAUAAGCCGAAAUUGCCAGAAAGUGGAAAAGUACGGACAAGGGCGGGGGCUGCUUGUAGAAGGGGUAUAAGACAAACGGUGAACAACAAGGAAGUCGAACUCUGUGGGGGGUACAGUGCGUUGCAGAGUUCCCAGGUCGAUCUGCUGGAAUAAAGGUUAUUCGACAACUCAUCCACGCUUCCAGGUGAUCUCUUCUCAUCUCCGGACCCAGUGGAGACGGCGUACUCCGACAGGAGUCGUAGCGGAAACCUGCACACACAGCGGCCCUUUCUGGGUAAGAUUGGCCACCCCUGCUUUAGAGACUCUGAACGUACAGGCCAGCAGGAUACAAGAUUAUAUUCUACAAAAGGUUGCCAUAUUUUUGAGGGCCACUAGGUGCCGCUGGAUUGGCACCGGAAAAAAAAAAACUCCCACUGGUCCAUUUGGAUUGGUGUGAUGCUGCGGUGUCAGGUCAUUAUCAGAUUCGCAGAUCAGUACAUCCGCCAGCUUUACCCCAAUGUCAGGAUGAAGAGGUGGGCUUGGAGAGAGGACCCGGGGCCUGAGAAGCUGGCCAAGUUCUCACUGCUGACCUGCGCUCAGGUUCUCAUCCCUAAGGUGGUUUGUCAUGCGGCAGCAAUACGCUCAAGAUUCAAAGGCGUGUGGACUUAUCUAAUAAACAAACGAAAGCUGUAUUUGUACGCAAUGAAGGGAGGCAAAAUAGGCGAAAGCGGUGGGCUGACCUUCUGGCUGGCAUCCCCGGGAGAUUACGAUGACGUCAUGGCCAUCUCAGACGGCAUAUACGGAGGCAACGAUUACCUGCCUCACCGCUACCACAGCUGGAUGACGGAGCCACACAGGCUGGUGAUUCUAGCCAAGAGAGAUGGAAAGCUGGUGGCACUGGAGUCCGGGCUGAUUGUUGACGGGGGCAGUACAGUGGUCGUAGAGGGGCUGCGCGUCUGUCCCAGCGAACGGGGCCGGGGCUUGGCUGGGGUCAUUAUCAGAUUCGCAGAUCAGUACAUCCGCCAGCUUUACCCCAAUGUCAGGAUGAGGAGGUGGGCUUGGAGAGUGGACCCGGGACCUGAGAAGCUGGCCAAGGUCUCACUGCUGACAAAGCGGGCCAUCCUCUCACUUCAGAUUGAGGCAAAGGCUUUUGAUGCCUUUCUCUCCACCUUACGGGCUAAACUGGAACAUGAAAAGGGGACAGGAAGCCUGGACCAGGAGUUCAGACUUGUGGUCUUGGAAGAGGAGCAGCUGAGGCACAUUCUGCUGGAUCCCGGUGUUUCCUCUCAGAUCGAGCUGCCCGGUGAUGUGAUUAUUCAGAACUGGCAACCCUUGAAGCUGCUGGAAAGCAACCUUGAGGUGCUGCAGAGACGAAACCUCACAUGGUUGGCCGAUAGCUUGGAGAAGCCAACCUUCCUCAGCCUGCACACCCCCCCUUAUCCUAUCCCUUAUAAGGGAGGGUCCUUCUACUUCAGUAUUGACCUGUUUGGCACCAAACCAGAUCUUGCCUACAGGGCCUUGCUGGCCCACAUGGAGAUGGUGAGGGGUGAGAUUCGGUGCAUGGUUCUUAUGCGCAUAUACAUGCAUCAGUCGUUGUGGGGGAGACUGCGGGCAUUUUGUGAGUGCUCUGCGGGGGUGGAGGUGUGUAACGGUUACUUGGAGCAGCUGAUCUUAGAGCACAAGCUCUGAUUACAUGACUGGGGGAAUGUGCAAGAGCAUAUGUUUAACAUUGCUUAGAAAUGGUUCGCACACAUAAAAAGAUUAAUAAGUUUAUCAGAAGCUAAAUCAGGAGAUAUACGGUACUGUGUAAAAGUCUUAGGCAGUCAGAGAAAAUGUUGAAAGCUGUUCAUCUGGGUAGUAUGUGUGUAUUUGCUCUGAAGAAACACAAUUUAACAUUGAAAGAUAUGCAAAUUAACAGUAACAUUAACAAAAGGUUCCUGAUAUCUUGUUGUAUGGUUAGUAGAACACCACUUCAGUUCCCAAACCUCUCCUCAGGGGCACCUGAGUUAUUCCAUACAUCCAUCCAUCCAUCCAUCCAUUUUCCAAACCGCUUAUCCUAUUGGGUCGCGGGGGGUCCGGAGCCUAUCCCGGAAGCAAUGGGCACGAGGCAGGGAACAACCCAGGAUGGGGGGUAUUCCAUACAUCCCCUAAAUUUCACCACUAAUUCAGUUAAUUAAUUAACUUAAUUUGUCAAAUAUUGAGCUAAUCAAGUAUGGUAUGCCAAGGGUCUAGUCAAAAAAUAUAUUGGUGUAUUGGAUGGUCGCCGCAAAUCUGGGGUAACUAGAAGUUUUGAAAAGCUAAGACCCUUUCAUGUACAAUGUUAUAGUUUUACUCCAACAUGAAAAUCAUUUUCUUUGCCUCAGACUUUUGAAUAUUACUGUAUUUUGAAGCUGAGAAGUUAAACUAUGGAAUAUUGUAAUUUGAUUUUGAUUUGUGUACUGCUUGGUAACAAUCCAAGAAAACAGAUUGAUUGUCCUUUUUCAUAUUUUCUGACUCGGAUCUAUAAAACAUACUGAAGAAGAUGGAUAUUCGUGUCAGAAGCAGAGUGGAUAUGAAAAUUCUUAGCCACCCAUUGCGAUGACAGGAAUAACAAUUACAAGGAAUUACUUGACAUCUGAAAUAAUUGAUUCCCCGCUUUUAGCCAGGCUGUCAUAGUUACUUUAGUCCUGCCUGAGGUUAGGUUAGGUGUAGGGCAAUAACUCUUCUCCAUCUUCUCUUUUCUGAGCUGAUACCCAGCCGACCCUACACCGUGUGAACCCGCACCUGGAAUCCUGGAGAUAACAACAUGAAACCAACUGGGACUUCAUAACUAUAUGAACUCUAAUGAAUCUCAGUAUAAAUGCAGUUUCAUGCUCCCCUGUCGCCCAGAGGAGGAUGGGGUCCCCUUCUGAGUCUAGGUUCCUCUCAAGGUUUCUUCCUGCUAGAGGGAGUUUUUCCUUGCCACUGUCGCCUCAGGCUUCGUGGGGUUCUGGCUGGUUAAAUGUAAAGUGCUUUGUGACAAUGACUGUUGUUAAAAACGCUAUAUAAAUAAAAUUGAAUUGAACUGAA